CAUAGUCGUAUUAUACGUUAAUUAAAACUAAACCAAAAUUUACUUCAAGUUUUGCAAAUGUCUCGUUUAAAUGAGUCGAGGGUGUCUGACAGUGUACUACGAGAGUCUUCUAACAGGAAAAAAUACAAAUUUAUCAACGAGGCUUACUCGAACUCUCUGGAUGUAUUCUACUAAGUUGCAGCGCUGCCUACUUGUGUUAGAAUUUUCUUGAUAGUCCAAAGUUAACUCGCGACGAUUUACAGAAAACUUCCCCAACUGGUGAAUGUUUCAAAAGGUGCAGUAAUGGGCGCUAAAACCGCGAAGAAUACGACGAGUUCGCCUGUCGUUGCGCUGCACCCGACCAUAAUAGAUCCCAUCCGAGCUCUCAGCUCCGACGAUGUCCCUGGCAGUAAAAUCCAUCCCAUGGCCAAGAGGAACAAGAAACGGCUCGAUAAUGUGCCUCUGCGUGACUACAUUCUUCUACUUAGAAAAGAGAGGGAGUUGUUAACGAGAGGCGAAGCAAUAUUCGGUGAAAAUCAAGAAUUUGAAGCUUUGAAAAACGAUCUUUCAAUGCUGUCAAACAUCGAGACUGAAGAACGAGCUAUCAAAUAUCACGAAGAUGUCCUCCCUUUCCCAACCAUCGUAAGGGCUCCGCCUCCGCCAUUGCCUUCACCUCCUAAAAUGAAAAAACCACAACCAAAUCUCAAUAUUUUGUCACGCGCGCGCAUUUCGAUAGCAAUCGAGAAUAAGAGCAAGGAGCCUCCCAAAAUUGUGAAGAAGCCUUACUUCAGCGUGGACGAUCUACCAGGCAGCGUAGAUGACCUACCGGCGAGCGUUGAUGACUCGCCAGCAACUUCGGCGAUUAGAAGGCAACACUCUUUGAACAAUUCAAGGCGCAUGUCAAGAAAGUCCGCAAAUAUGUCCGAAACAAAGAAAAAGCAAAGAGAAUUUUCCAUCAUUCAAAGUUUUUUAGACGGCCCUAAGAAAAGACUUCCCAGAAGAGAAGACAACAUUGGAAGAACUACGCAAUUGCUCCAGAAUGCCAUGAUACGGUUAAAGCGGUACUCAGGCGUCAUCUCAGCUUCAGGGAAUCAUGAACGAGGGACUACCACAGAGGCAGAGGAUGACGAGACUUGCUAUGGGAGAGUUUCUGUAUUGGAUAGAUCAUUACUUGAUGUCAUAGCCAACGAUCCAGAAGAAACGUAUUCGCUCCGUACAAAGGAUUCUGCGAGAUUAGUUAACCGUAAUAUUCCCGGUUCAAGAAGUUCUGUCAAACAAUUGCCCAGUGCGUCCAAUCGAUUCAAACGUGGCGAUGCCAAAUCACUCAAGAAGCGAAGAUCGUCAGCUCGCAAGCAAAGCAUAUCAAAUCGGAAAAGUAUUUUUAACAGAUUGCAUGAGGGGCGACCGACUAAUACUGCUGCCUCCAAGUCGCGCGGGCGUCCUUCUGUAGUCCUUAUCAAUCAAAACGGAACAAAAAGUCGAGAAUCAUUAGGACUAAAACCUCCAAGAUUGUCAUUUCCCUCUCGGAGGUCCAAAAGGCCUGGAGAAAGUACUGUUCGUCAGGCUCGAAUUGGUCAGACUCUAAACUAUAAUCGAGGGAACAGGCGCAACACAAAACCAGACAAAAUUGCCCAAGAAACUGUACUGCCAGGCAGUGCCAACAUUCAUCUCGAUGGAGCUGACGAUGCCAGUCAUGACCAAGUCUCUGGAAAUUCUGUGUCGAAAUCACCUCUUCGGCGAGAUAGAAUGGGAGGACAGCCGAGCAGCCUGGCAGGGGAUAGGCUAUCGACGCAGCGCCGUGGCAGUCAACCUGCGCAUACGAUACCAACCGAUCGUGAGAGACGUCUGCCUGCUGCAGCGAUACACUCUUCUCAACGACUCCAACCUCCAUCGCUGGUCAUGAAUCAAUCUAGUGUCCCCCAUACCAGUUCCUCUAGCCCUGCAGAUGAGAGCGACAAUAGGUUUUUGACUCAAGCAAAUGCAACAUCCAUAACUCUACCUUCGUCGGUUGCUGAGGAUAAUAGCAAUACUUCGCAAGAAAAUCUCAUCAUUAGUGGAACAGACGUCACAAACAGUCGCUUCGCCUCCGGACCAGCAGGCACACUCCCGGCAUACAUAGCCGCCCAGAACUUCAACGCAAGCAGCCUGAUGGAGAACAGAGUUGAUCCAGUUUACAGACCUAGUCAACCGAGGCUGUUUUACGCGGAGCCACUCACUAGAUUAGAUUCCCGACCCACCUCCACACACAGCGACAAUAAUUAUUUCACUCCUCAAAUGCCAAAAAUUUCGGAAUAUCAAGACGUCAGAUCAAUAGCAGUGAUUCCUACAUAUCCUAACAAUCCAGACGAUAUUCUAACACCUUCACAGCUGAGUUUGUAUUCUAGUAAAUACAACAAGUGGAGGCUGACACAAAUUAAUUCAGAUGAAAGUGAAAGAAAAAAAGUGCCGAAAAUUACUCUGAUCAAGUAUAAGUUGGAAGAAUACAGCAAUAACUUACAGCCUGAUGAUAAUCGAAUUAUGCAUUUUUCCAAUCACGAAAGUAGGCACUUAUCUUCAUCAAGUUCUAGGAGGAAUUCGCUGGCUACUCCUGGCCAGCGACUCAAGGUAGUUAGCGGGAACACUACCCAUGUUUUGAAAGUGGUUGAGGCGACGCCAUUGACUCCUGUGAUUGUGGCGCCCGACGUAACUCAGUUUCUUUUCCCCGAUGAAAUUCAAGAGAUUUCCAAACAAGGGAGGAAGCUUCGUCUUCUUGAGAAUCAAAGUUUAUCAGGCUCCAUGGACUUUCUGAACGGCGGACCUAAUUAUCGAAGAAGUUCGAUUGCAGACUCAUAUACUCAGACUGACCCCGAAUAUCGACACCCGAGUCAGCGACGAGAUACUCCAAGUAACCUGAAGAUGAUGAAAAAAGCAAGUGUGUCUCAACCUAGCAUCAAGGUUAGUAAGCUUGCGACUUUAAGAGGAAAAAGAACGAAUUCCGGAGAGUUUAGUAGAGCAUUGGUCAACAGACCUAGGAUGGCCAAACGGAGUACAAGUAUUGGACCCAGCUGGAGAUCUUAACUGUGUAGAUGGUUUUAGAUGAAACAUGAAAGUUAUUUGCAAAAACCACGUAGGCCUUAUAGGUCAAGCUUUUAAUUGGUAAUAAGUUUAUUUCAACUCUAAUGCAGUAUUUUUUCAUGACUUCUUGUAUGUCAGUUUGAAAUUCGCUCAUUCAAGUCAAUACUUAUAAAGUUUUAACAAAAUUUCUACAAUUUCUGAAAAAAGAGUUGACUUUAUUGAUGAUGCUUGGAUCAUCAUUAUUAGGAAGCAUUUAUGAUCUUCGUAUAGGUAUAUGCCCUAUUUAACAGAAAAAUUUAGACUUGAUAUCACUGAAAUUGAUCAAUUUACAGAAAAUCUAGCAGUUGAAGGCUUCUAUGUUUCUAAUCUUUGCGCUUAGGUCUCAUAUGCUUUCCGAACUUACGUGAAGGUAUGAUAUGAAUGCGUCUUGUUGGUA